CCUGACCGAGACCCCAAGUUUUAGAAGGCGAGCGGCGCCGCCUGAGUCUCGCCGGUCCUCUUCGUCGCUGGUCUCCUCCCCGGCGCUGUGCUGCGCGGCUCUGCUCCGCACGUAUUGUUUGGCUGGGUCUCUAAUGGCGGACGGGGAGGCAGCGCUGCCGGUCGCGGACUGCAGGGGGGGCAAACCUCGGGCCCAGGGCAACUGCUUGGGGCAAAUAUGGGCAAUAUCAGCCCAACGCAGACGUGAACUGUUUCUUACCUGUAAAUUGGUGCUGAGUUUGAUUGAAAUGACGGACCAGAAAUUUCGUUCAACCCUAUCUGGUGCAUCUUUGGCAGAAAGUGAGGAAAACACCCCCAUUGUUCUUUGGCAUGGACACAAGUUCAGUGGGAACAUUAGAAUCGACUGAUCAAACUCCUGUUCUAUUAGGAAGUACAGCCAUGGCAACUAGUCUCACAAACGUAGGAAAUUCAUUUAGUGGCGCUGCGAAUCCUUUAGUAUCUAGAUCUAGUAAGUUUCAGAAUUCAUCAGUGGAAGAUGAUGAUGAUGUUGUUUUUAUUGAACCUGUACAACCUCCUCCAUCUUCUGCACCUUUGGUUGCCGAUCAAAGAACCAUAACAUUUACGUCUUCAAAAACUGAAGAACUACAAGGAAAUGAUCCCAAAAUCCUUCCUUCCUCGAAAGAGUUGACUUCUCAGAAGGGCAGUGUAAGUGAGACAAUUGUCAUUGAUGAUGAAGAGGACAUGGAAACAAAUCAAGGGCAAGAGAAGAACCCCUCACAUUUCAUUGAAAGGAGACCUUCUGAAACUAAAAACAGAACGAAUGAUGUGGAUUUCUCUACUUCCACUUUUUCAAGAAGUAAGGUAAACACAGGAGGAAUGGGUAAUAGUGGUAUUACCACAGAACCAGACUCUGAAAUUCAGAUUGCUAAUGUUACAACAUUAGAAACAGGCAUAAGCUCUGUGAGUGAUGGCCAGCUAGAAAGUACUGACGGGAGAGAUAUGAACUUAAUGAUUACUCAUGUGACAUCACUGCAUAAUACCAACCUGGGAGAUGUCUCUAAUGGACUUCAGUCAAGUAACUUUGGUGUUAAUAUGCAAACGUACACCCCAUCUUUAACUUCACAGACCAAGUCUGGAGUAGGACCUUUUAAUCCUGGUAGGAUGAAUGUUGCAGGAGAUGUAUUUCAGAAUGGAGAGUCUGCACCUCAUCAUAACCCUGAUUCCUGGAUCUCCCAAUCAGCAUCAUUUCCUCGUAACCAGAAACAACAGGGGGUGGAUUCUUUAUCACCAGUGGCCUCACUUCCUAAACAGAUAUUCCAGCCUUCUGCUCAACAGCAGCCCACUAAACCAGUUAAAGUCACUUGUGCAAACUGUAAGAAACCUCUGCAGAAGGGGCAGACAGCUUACCAACGGAAAGGAUCAGCUCACCUCUUUUGUUCAACCACCUGCCUUUCUUCUUUCUCUCAUAAACCUGCUCCAAAGAAACUCUGUGUUAUGUGUAAAAAAGAUAUAACUACAAUGAAAGGAACAAUUGUUGCUCAAGUAGAUUCAAGUGAAUCCUUCCAAGAAUUUUGUAGUACAUCUUGCCUGUCUCUCUAUGAGGACAAGCAGAGUCCUGCUAAAGGAGCUCUAAAUAAAUCGAGAUGCACAAUCUGUGGCAAACUCACCGAGAUUCGCCAUGAAGUUAGUUUUAAAAAUAUGACUCAUAAGCUAUGCAGUGACCACUGCUUCAAUAGAUAUAGAAUGGCCAAUGGUCUAAUAAUGAAUUGCUGUGAACAGUGUGGAGAAUAUUUGCCCAGUAAAGGUGCUGGAAAUAAUGUUCUGGUGAUUGAUGGUCAGCAGAAAAGAUUUUGCUGUCAGAGUUGUGUCAGUGAAUACAAACAGGUAGGUAGUCAUCCAAGUUUCCUGAAGGAAGUUCGAGAUCACAUGCAGGAUUCUUUCUUAAUGCAGCCUGAGAAAUAUGGAAAACUGACAACAUGUACUGGUUGCCGAACACAGUGCAGAUUUUUUGAUAUGACUCAGUGUAUAGGUCCUAAUGGAUAUAUGGAGCCAUAUUGUUCAACUGCUUGCAUGAACAGUCACAAGACAAAAUAUGCAAAGUCACAAAGUUUGGGAAUUAUUUGCCAUUUUUGUAAGCGAAACUCUUUACCUCAAUACCAAGCCACAAUGCCUGAUGGAAAACUGUAUAACUUUUGCAAUUCCAGUUGUGUGGCUAAAUUUCAGGCACUAAGCAUGCAGUCGUCUCCAAAUGGCCAAUUUGUAGCACCCAGUGAUAUUCAAUUGAAAUGCAACUACUGUAAAAAUUCCUUUUGUUCAAAACCAGAAAUCUUGGAAUGGGAGAACAAAGUGCAUCAGUUCUGCAGCAAAACUUGCUCAGAUGAUUAUAAGAAGUUGCAUUGCAUAGUUACAUAUUGCGAAUACUGCCAAGAGGAGAAGACGCUUCAUGAAACAGUAAAUUUCUCCGGCGUUAAGAGACCAUUCUGUAGUGAAGGCUGCAAGCUAUUAUACAAACAAGAUUUUGCAAGACGAUUAGGAUUAAGAUGUGUUACGUGCAACUAUUGUUCUCAGCUGUGUAAGAAGGGAGCCACUAAAGAGCUUGAUGGGGUUCUCAGAGACUUCUGCAGUGAUGACUGCUGUAAAAAGUUUCAGGAGUGGUACUACAAGGCUGCGAGGUGUGAUUGCUGUAAAUCCCAAGGCACCCUUAAAGAGCGAGUGCAGUGGCGAGGGGAGAUGAAACAUUUCUGUGAUCAACACUGCUUACUACGUUUUUACUGUCAACAAAAUGAGCCCAAUAUGACUACCCAAAAAGGACCCGAAAACCUACAUUAUGAUCAGGGCUGUCAGACGUCCCGAACCAAAAUAACAGGCUCAGCACCACCCCCUUCUCCUACACCAAACAAAGAGAUGAAGAACAAAGCAGUUCUUUGCAAACCUUUAACAAUGACAAAAGCAACUUACUGUAAGCCUCACAUGCAGACCAAAUCUUGUCAGACAGAUGAGAAUUGGAAGACAGAGUAUGUCCCAGUGCCUAUUCCUGUACCUGUCUAUGUGCCCGUGCCUAUGCACAUGUACAGUCAGAGUAUUCCUGUCCCUACCACAGUUCCUGUUCCUGUGCCCGUUCCUGUGUUUCUGCCUGCUCCAUUGGACAGCAGUGAGAAGAUUCCUACCACGGUUGAAGAUGUAAAAAGCAAAGUUUCUUCAGAUCCUCUUGAUACAGAAUUGCUUACAAUGCCAGAUAUGAUGACUGAAGAUGAGGGGAAAACAGAGGCAUCCAAUGUCAACAGUGUAAUUAUUGAGACUGACAUAAUUGGCUCGGAUCUCACAAAGAACUCUGACACAGAUAUACAGUCCAACAUGCCUGAUGUACCAUAUGAACCAGAUUUGGAUAUCGAAAUAGAUUUCCCUAGAGCUGCGGAGGAGCUUGAUAUGGAAAAUGAGUUUUUGUUACCACCUGUUUUUGGAGAAGAAUAUGAGGAGCAGCCCAGACCUCGAUCUAAAAAAAAGGGUACCAAAAGAAAAGCUGUGUCAGGAUACCAGUCUCAUGAUGAUAGUUCUGACAACUCGGAAUGCAGCUUUCCUUUCAAGUAUUCAUAUGGUGUAAACGCAUGGAAACACUGGGUCAAAACUAGGCAGCUUGAUGAAGAUCUUCUGGUAUUAGAUGAGCUAAAAUCCUCUAAAUCAGUAAAGUUAAAAGAAGAUCUACUCUCUCAUACCACAGCUGAGCUCAACUAUGGGUUAGCCCAUUUUGUUAAUGAGAUCCGACGACCAAACGGAGAGAAUUAUGCACCUGACAGCAUCUAUUACCUCUGUCUUGGUAUACAGGAGUACUUAUGUGGUAGUAAUCGAAAGGACAACAUAUUUAUUGAUCCAGGAUACCAGAUGUUUGAGCAAGAAUUGAAUAAAAUACUCCGAAGUUGGCAACCAAGCAUCCUUCCAGAUGGGUCAAUAUUUUCUCGAGUUGAAGAAGACUAUCUCUGGAGGAUAAAACAGCUAGGAUCACACUCUCCAGUAGCUCUUUUGAACACCCUGUUCUACUUUAACACUAAGUAUUUUGGCCUGAAAACAGUGGAGCAACACUUAAGACUUUCCUUUGGCACUGUGUUUAGGCAUUGGAAAAAAAAUCCUUUAACGAUGGAAAAUAAAGCAUGUCUUCGAUAUCAGGUGUCUUCCUUAUGUGGAACAGACAAUGAAGAUAAAAUUGCUACUGGAAAACGAAAACAUGAGGAUGAUGAACCAGUAUUUGAGCAAAUUGAAAACACAGCCAACCCUUCUAGAUGUCCUGUGAAAAUGUUUGAAUGCUACUUGUCUAAAAGUCCACAGAAUCUUAAUCAGAGAAUGGAUGUUUUUUAUUUGCAACCAGAAUGUUCUAGUUCUGCAGAUAGCCCCGUGUGGUACACAUCUACUUCCCUGGACCGGAACACGCUGGAAAAUAUGCUUGUACGGGUUCUUCUAGUGAAAGAUAUUUAUGAUAAAGACAAUUAUGAACUGGAUGAAGACACAGACUAAAAAGGACCGUUUCAGAAGCAAUGGGAUAACACAGCAUUAGAUAGUCAUGCUGCUAGAUCUUUACAGGAAAACAUUUCAAGUUUACUCCUUCUGUUUUGAGUUUUGUAGCAAUGUACCCACACUGGGUAUUACCAUGUAAAUAAUCUGUGAGUGAAAGUUGCCAUUAUUCUAUGUAGUGGUUUUAGGAUACUUAACAAAUACAUCAAAUUCUUUUUUAUUAUUAUUUAUUUGAUUAGGUAUGUUUGUAACUUUUUACAUUACAAAUAUGAAGAGAAUGUGCCAUGUAUAAGUUUUUCUUGUUGCACUGCUCUACUGUUGCAAAGCUCCCUCCAGAAGGGCGUCCUUUUACUGCGUUCUUGACCAGAUGGUUGUAUAUGGGUAGCACUACUCAAGUUUAGAACUUGCAGUGUCUUUCGGAAUUUUUAAAAUAAACUGUAAACUAAUAGGCUGGGUUUUUUGUUUUGUUUGGGUUUUUUGUUUGUUUGUUUUAUGUUUUAGUUACUGAAGCCUUACCAGGUUAUGUAGAGAGAUACCAUCUUCUGUACCAAAAAUAGACAAGAGAAUGCUGUCGAUACUGGUGUUCUGUAAUGUGAACCUAUGCUGGUGAAAACAACUUUAUGUUCCCCUUAUUAAAACUUAGUGUCCUUUUCUCA